AUGUCAAAGCAGUUCAAACAUACCACGUCAGAGAGACGUUCGUCUAUCAUUUACUCGAACAGCAGCGGUAAAGGCGGGCUGUUCACGCCAACGGAUUACAUUCCGAUGUCAGCUCCACUGAACGAGGAUCUGGAAGGCCCAGGGGAGGAAGACGGAGGAUAUGAGUCGUUGCUUCAUACCAACAACUCCCGUACGCUCCAGGCGGAGAGUCAGAUGUACGGCGCAGUGGAGGCGCCAGGCACCGGAGAACGUGCAAGAAGGAACUCGCUACCAAAAGAUCUCAUAGAGGAAGAGCGCGAUCUGCUCAUCGACAACAAACUCCUCAACGAGGACGACGUGCCCCAGCCACUCCCAGACCAACGAGAGGAAGAUGAAAUCAUGCAAACAUGGGAGCAGGCCAUCCACUCCGGUAAACCCAUCAUGACCACAUACAAGCGAGAGGUGCAAGUGAUAGUCAAGAAUGCGAUUCCGCUCGUAUUUACAUUUAUUUUGCAGAACUCUUUGUCGCUCGCUUCUGUGUUCUCGAUUUCGCACCUAGGUACCAAAGAACUUGGAGGAAUUACGCUAGGCUCCAUGACCGCCAAUAUUACGGGGUUUGCAGCCAUCCAAGGUCUGUGCACUUGCUUAGAUACCCUAUGCUCUCAAGCGUACGGUGCGAAGAACUACCGCCUCGUGGGUAUUCUAUUGCAACGUUGUGCCGUUAUCACCAUUAUUUUUUUCCUACCAAUACUGAUCGCGUGGUGGUUCUGGUCUGAAGCCAUUCUAAGCGCAGUCAUUCCUGAGAGAGAACUUUGCCGCCUAGCUGCUAACUACUUAAGAAUUGUGGCCCUGGGGGUGCCUGGUUUCAUUUUGUUCGAGUGUGGUAAGAGAUUUUUACAAUGCCAAGGUAUUUUCCAUGCAUCGACGAUUGUGCUUUUGUUCUGUGCUCCCUUCAAUGCUCUAAUGAAUUAUUUGCUAGUUUGGGACAAAAGAAUCGGUAUUGGGUACUUGGGUGCACCAAUAAGUGUUGCUCUCAAUUAUUGGUUGAUGGCUCUUGGUCUCCUGAUGUACACCAUAUUCACCAAACACGAAGCCAACCCACGUAAGUGCUGGAAUGGGAUCAUCUCACCUGAGCAAGUGUUUAAAAACUGGAAGAAAAUGUUUAGUCUAGCAUUACCAGGGAUAAUCAUGGUGGAAGCUGAGUUUGUUGGAUUUGAAGUCUUGACCAUUUUCGCCUCCCAUCUAGGUACAGCUGAAUUAGGUGCCCAAUCUAUCAUCUCUACUAUUGCAUCCCUUGCUUAUCAGAUACCAUUUUCCAUUUCCAUCGCUACAAGUACUCGUGUGGCUAAUUUUAUUGGAGCGUCUUUGUACCAAAGCUGCGUUAUAACGUGCAAAAUCGCGUUAUCUCUCUCAUUUUUGGUCAGUUGUUUGAACAUGUCCGUAAUUUACUCCUUCAGAUAUCAGUUGGCCAGUGCUUUCUCCAAAGAAGCAGAUGUAGUAUCUUUGGUAGCUGGCGCUUUACCCAUUUUGGCAUUGAUGCAAAUUUUUGACGCCUUCAACGCAUGCACCGCAGGUUGUCUCCGUGGCCAAGGUCAGCAAAAGGUUGGAGGAUACAUCAACGUUUUUGCGUUCUAUUGCAUAGGUAUACCCAUGUCAUAUUUCCUUACAUUUUCGUGCGACUUAGGCAUAGCCGGCCUGUGGUAUGGUAUUACAAGCGGAUUAAUAUUUAUGAGCAUUUUCCAAAGUUACGCAGUUUUCGCAUGCGAUUGGAAUAAAAUAAUGUACGCUGCUAAACUCAGAACAUCAGAAGAUAACAGAGUUUAA